GGGAGAGGGAGAGGUAGAGGCUAAUGCAACGAAGCUUUCAUGUUUCACACAAAUCACGUUCUAAGGAAUCGACCGACAUUCCAACAAAACUGUAGCAGCUGAUCCGAAAUUUCAAUCAAAGAAUGUGAUGGAUAGGACCUAUUUUACGAUGAGACGGUUUUCAUACAAGACUUGCUGAUCAUAUGAGUGUGAUCCCAUUCCCAUCCUCCGGGAGCACAUGGGAAUCUCAAGCAUCUAUUAUCGAUGGCGCACGAUGACAAUUAAACCACCAACAAUAAUUGACUACUUCUAUUCUAUAAUCAUGCAAAUUCCAAAUACAAUUUUUCUAAUUUUAAAGACAAAUUCCGGUGUGGUCUCCAACAAAUACUUGUAUAAUCACUCUUAGUAACUAAUUUCACUUCAACACUCACAAGAACUUCCAAAAAAAAAAUGGAUAGAACGUCGAUUCAACCUUUACUUGCAGCAUUAAUGGCGGCAAUUAUCGCUAUCCGAUCCUACAGGAAGAAAUCUCUCGAUCUUUCUGGCGCUAUUGUUGGUUUUCUCGUCGUCUUCAUCCAUCUCGCUACUAAUCUCAGGGCUGGUGCGAUGUUGUUGGUGUUUUUCUUCACUUCAUCCCAGUUGACGAAAGUCGGAGCUGAGAAGAAACGUCAAUCUGAUGCUGAAUACAAGGAUGGUGGUCAAAGGAACUGGAUACAGGUACUUUUCAAUAGUGCCAUUGCUUGUGCUCUGGUUGUGGCAAUUUGGAAGUUGAUUGGAUGGGAAGACAAGUGUUUGGACACUAGAGAAUCUGCACUCAUUACCUCACUCAUGGGUGGCAUAAUUGGUCACUACUCUUGUAGCAAUGGAGAUACUUGGUCCUCUGAAAUUGGUGUUCUUAGUGAUUCGCAGCCUCGUCUAAUCACUACCUUGAAGCCUGUUUGUAAGGGUACAAAUGGUGGUGUUACAACGACAGGACUUUUGGCAGCUGCUGCAGGAGGUGCUGUUAUUGGACUUACUUUUGUUCUCUUUGGCAUUGGCACAGCUGGAUGCCCUACAGACGUGGCUCUGAAACAAUUGUUGGUGAUACCUCUUGCAGCACUGGCUGGACUAGGAGGAAGUUUGCUAGAUUCUUUUUUGGGGGCAACUCUGCAAUUUAGUGGAUUCUGCAGUGUUCGUAAGAAGGUUGUAGGGAACCGGGGACCGACUGUCAAGCGAAUCUCAGGUCUUGAUAUCCUCGACAAUAAUGCUGUCAAUAUGGUCUCGGUGCUGCUCACCACCCUGCUGACUUCUGUUGCCUGUGCUUACAUAUUCUGACACUCUGGUUCUCAAGUAUGCCUUAGAAUAUGUUGAUUUGCAAGAUUCUGAUGCAUAAUUACUCAGAUUUUUGAUAGCCUGUAUUAUGCUCUAAGAUACUGAGCUGAUAAAUACUCCUCAACACAAACUGCCUAACAUGCUUUGAUGAAUUCUCAUUACCUUGAAGAUUUUACAGUUUAAUAGAUAUAAACUUCAUUAGUUGGCUGGUUAAAA